AUGUCAGCACUCGAUGUUGAGGCGUUGUUGGAUUCAACUGCAAAUGCCACCCCAACUGAGCCAAACGGAUCGUCCAGAAAGGAUGGUGAUGACCGCCACAAAUCAGAACGCAACGACCGCAGAGACCGAGAGCGUAAUCGUGAUGUCAGUCGUGACCGCGAUCGGGACCGGAAAAGACGCGACCGAAGUCGGGACAAAUCUCGCAGAGAGAUCAAUGGUGACAAGGAGGUGAUGGGCACACCGACCAGUGAGCACGGUAGCGCCCACGGCAGUGCAAAGAGUAGGCGUAGAAGCAGAAGUAGAGAUGAUGACCGUCGACACUCACGACGCCACAGAGACAGCCCAGACGACACCAGCCGUAGGGAUGGCGACUUUUGGCGAGCAGGUGGUCGCGCUCGCACACGGUCUCGCAGCCCGAACAGAUAUUACCGUCCUCGCGGAGAGCGUCGUGAUCGCGACGAUGCGGAAUCAAAGUCUAGAGACGAUCGUAGAGGCGGUCGCAAUGAAAGCCGUCGAGUCAGCAGAAGCCCGAAGAGGGAGGCUACACCUCCAUUGACAGAGGACGAGCGUGAUCGUCGCACAGUUUUUGUUCAACAACUAGCUGCACGUCUUAGGACUAGAGAUCUCAUAGGUUUCUUUGAAAAGGUUGGUCCAGUCAAGGAGGCUCAGAUCGUGAAAGACCGAGUAAGCGGCAGAUCAAAAGGUGUUGGUUAUGUUGAGUUCAAGAACGAAGAAUCAGUCCCUGCUGCUAUACAACUCACUGGACAGAAGCUCCUAGGAAUUCCCAUCAUCGCCCAGCUUACCGAAGCCGAGAAGAACCGACAAGUUCGUAACCCUGAAGCUGCUGGUAGCAAUCCGAAUUCAAUCCCCUUCCAUCGACUAUAUGUGGGUAAUAUUCACUUCAGCAUAACUGAAAGCGAUCUACAGAACGUCUUUGAGCCUUUUGGAGAACUCGAGUUUGUACAGCUACAAAAGGAAGAACAGGGACGUAGUCGUGGAUAUGGGUUUGUCCAGUUCCGUGACCCGAACCAAGCUCGGGAAGCUUUGGAAAAGAUGAAUGGAUUUGAUCUGGCUGGGCGGCCAAUUCGUGUUGGACUUGGAAACGAUAAGUUUACUCCUGAGUCUACCGCCAGUCUCUUGCAGAGAUUCCAAGGGCAGAGCCACCAACAACAAUUUCAGGGUUCCGCAUUCUCUGGCGCUGGUGGACGCGGUCCCCAAGCCGCCAACGGUAGCAAUUUCGAUCGUGCCGGCGGGCGCGAUAACGACAAAAGCGCUGGUGGAGCCAGUGCAUUGGACGAUACAGAUGUUGGAGGUGUUAAUUUCAACAACUAUAGUCGAGAUGCGUUAAUGAGAAAGCUCGCGCGAACUGACGAACCGACGACUAGCAGUAAUGGCCGAGAGGAGAGACGCGAGAUACUGAAACCGAAGACAGAAUCCAAACCUCUUCCACCCGGCGUCAAUAUGGCCAGUAGAUGUGUCGUGCUCAAGCAUAUGUUUGACCCCACUGGGCAAGAUAAUGACGACUGGAUAAAAGAAUUGGAGGAUGAAGUUCGAGCAGAGGCUGAAGCGAAGUAUGGCCACGUGGUACACAUCGCGAUAGAUCCGAACUCCGAUGGCGACAUUUAUCUCAAGUUUGAUCGCGUCCAAGGAGGAGAAAAUGCCAUCAAGGGCCUUAACGGCAGGUUUUUCGAUGGGCGGACCAUCAACGCUACGCCUGUUGUGGAUGCGGUCUACAGCAGUUUGUUCUCUCGCACAAAGGCUAUCUGA